AUGAACUCACAACAACUUCCAGUGCCAAAAACGACACACGCUCUCAAAUCUGAGCAGCGGACAAGGUUGAUACGGUCGACUCGAAAGAUGGAGGCCGUGCUUGGCGAGACACCCUUUUUUGUUGAUUCGUCCCCUCGUUCCUCUUUGCUUUCCGCUCCUUCUCAACUACAAUCCACCACUGAAACGCGACGGGCCAGAGCCGCGUACAUCUACACACCUACCCCUCGCCGCUCUUCCCUCGAAAAUCUCGAAGAAGAGGGUGGCCCCGCAGCGUAUUCGCGUCCCGUGCUGGCCGUCCGUCUACCACCAUCCUCAGGGAGCUAUCGCAGCCAUGCACCAAACGAUUCCAUUGAAUCACCCCUCAUGUCAGCCGCCUCCAUGUCAACCACAUUCUCUUUUUCCAUCCCUUUUACACCAGGCCACGAGUCCAAACGCUCCUCUGGCUCCGUGUCAAGCGCAUCCUCUAUGACCGCCGCCGCCGCAAUUCGUCGCGCGCGUACUCGUAAACUGGCAAAGGUUACGCGUACUUUGGGCGAGCGUGUUCCUCAAGAGCUAGUAUUUCCAACAACCUCAAAUGCAAAGCGACGGUCUCGUCGGCAGUCCCUUUUGGCGCAGUCCGCUACCAAUGCUGUCAUGCCCACCAGGAGGACGACUGUGCUCCGUCAUGCGAGUCAAAGACGGCGAAUAGACGAGGCUAUGGCGAGACAGGGUGCAGAAGGUGAUAUUGCGAGCGUGUAUUCUACACUUUCUGGCGCAGAUUGGGUUGUUGCGUCCUCUCUUCGAACUUUAUCGAAUGCUCCAAUUCACUCGAGUACACAACCUGAACCCAUUGCAUAUUCGAAUGCAUCUCCACCACCAGCACGAACCCCUUCGGUCUCUUCACCCGCCAAUCCGAGCUCGCUCUCUCGUUCCAACUCCAAUGGACAACUUUAUCGCCGUUCAGGCCUGCCGCCUAACCCACGAGUCAGCAUUCCUCCAACACCCGUACCGACAAGCAGAGUAUCGAUGUCACCAUCCUCUGCAUCCCCAGUUCGUUCACCAUCUCAGAGUCAACCUCGUCGUUCGGCUAGCAUACGGUCACAGGGACCAGGACUUGGCCGAUCACGUUCAGGAUCGGCUGGCUCGCUGGGUGGUUUUAAUCCUUCUCGCGUCCCCUCGUCGUCUGGCGCAGAACUGCCACCACCCCUUCCCAGCAAUGCACCGUUUCCUUUCGAUAGUAGUGCUCCUUACACUCCUGUAUCUCGCGCGCCAUCAACUCGUCGAGGCGUGCCUAUUAUGACCAAAGAGAGCCCGAUAUUGCCCUCGCCUUCGUCAUCAUUCUCGCCUACUUCGUCCAUUCCGUCGAAUACCCCCCUCCCGCCACCACCAGGUCUGGGCUUUGACGGCCGAGGAACCCAUCGAACAGAGAAGGGCUGGUCUGGAGAGUGGAUAACGGAAGAUGGAUCUGGACGGGGGAUGGAGAGCAUGAAUGAUGUUGCGCGGAAGCUGAGGGAAAUGCGCAUCAAGUAG